GCCAACAAACACGAAGGUUAGAAAAACGCAUAGCGAUUUUCCUGGUGGCUGAAGAAGUCAAUCAUCUUUCAGUGAAGAAGCAGAACAGAAGUGAACUCCAAUUAACCAAAACAAAGAAAAUGUGCGCUUUGAGAGUGUUGAGAAGGUCGGUGUGCAACACCUCCUACGUCAAAACUUGCAAACCCUAUCUCACUCUCAAUUUCAUCGCACAUCACUACCAGCACCAGAUCCGUAGAAAUCUUAUUCUCCAAUCUUCUGCUUCUCAAUUCGUAAAGCUUCAGAAGCUCACUGGCUCUGAUUCCGGGAUUAUCGAGGUUAGCUUGGACAGGCCUGAAGCUAAAAAUGCUAUAGGGAAAGAUAUGCUGCGAGGCCUAAGUCACAUGUUUGAAUUGAUUAAUCAGAACUCCUAUGCUAAUGUUGCUAUGAUCCGUAGUUCAGUUCCUGGGGUGUUUUGUGCUGGGGCCGAUUUAAAGGAGCGCAGGGCGAUGAAUCAAUCAGAUGUUAAGGCUUUUGUGAAUUCUCUUCGCUCCACCUUGUCGUAUCUUGAGGCUGUUUGUGUACCAACUAUUGCCGUUAUUGAGGGAGUAGCUCUUGGUGGUGGACUUGAAAUGGCUCUGGCAUGUGACAUUCGAAUAUGUGGAGAAAAUGCUCUGAUGGGUUUGCCAGAGACAGGACUUGCAAUAAUCCCUGGAGCAGGUGGAACACAACGACUACCUAGAUUGGUUGGAAAAGCAAUAGCAAAAGAUAUUAUAUUUACUGGUCGAAAGAUUGAUGGAAAAGAGGCACUGUCCAUGGGUCUUGUCAAUUACUGUGUUCCUGCUGAUGAAGCUUAUCCAAAAGCACUUGCAGUUGCUCGGGAUAUCAAUCAGAAGGGUCCUGUAGCUAUAAGGAUGGCUAAAAGAGCUAUUAACGAGGGAGUUGAGACUGAUCUAACAUCAGGUUUAUUUUUGGAAGAAGAUUGCUAUGAUGAGGUGUUGAAUACUAAAGAUCGACUAGAAGGCUUGGCUGCAUUUGCUGAGAAGCGGAAACCAAGGUAUACUGGUGAGUGAAAGGAUUGGUCUUUGCUAAUUGGCUCUCUAUGUUGCUAGGGAGGAAUGUCUACCAUGUAGAUUAGAGUGAUCUAGAGCCUGGAAUCAACUUCAUUAGGAACUUUCACUACGAUGCUCUUGGGACAAUCUUUUCCCCUUUGAGUACAGUCAUAUUCCCGAAGCUGAAAAGCGCCUCUAAAAUCAUGCACCUUGGACACUAUUCCCACUGAAUCAAUCAUUUUCAUUUAUUUUUUCAAUGAAGUGGCCUUGGGGUUUUCUUCAUCAUUUAUAUUAUUGUUGUAAAGGUUAAUUUUUUCUUUUGGAUUUUUGCCGGCAAUAAAUUAAUCUGUUUGGGAACUUGUAUCAUACACUUGUGGUGAUUCAGCUUAAAGAAAAAGUCCAUUUGGAUAAACAAUAUAUU